AAUGCACCGGUAAGAAGUAGGUAAGACCUGAGGGGCUGCUAAAUAGGGGUAGAACUAGUGAGGAGCCACAGUGAGCCACAGUGGAGAUGGCUGCCCAUCAGAAGCCCCAUCUUACCUACGUACUAGUAGGUACCUAGGUACUUAGGUAGCAGCAUGGACCACAGCGGGAUGGACACCAGGAUGGAGAGAAGGUGCAUUGGGCAGCGCACCUCGUUGUCCUAUCAACGCCCCACAUUCAAAGUAAAUAAAAGACCUCCAGCAUGAAGCUUUAAGUUCAACUCUUAUCCUUCUUUCUUCACUUCAAUCACAACCACCUCUCUCCCGCCUUCUCUCCCACCUUGUUCCAUCUCUCUCAAGAGUGAACUCUAAUUCGAACUCUUCUGUUCUGGUUUUACCUCUAGGCCAUCUAAGCCUUCCGCCUUCCUUCUCCUCUUCCUCCCUCCCCACUCCUCCUCUCCUCCUCUCCUCCCCUCCUCCACUACCAUCAUCGCUGUUGUAGCUUGUAAAGCCAUCUUCAAGCAUCCUGCAAUCAAUCCUUCUGCGCCCAUCAGAUCUCAUCGCUACUACGGCAAUUCGAUAAUUGUGAUACUACACUGUAGUCAUACACCUAUUCAUAAGCUCACGACUGGACAAGAUGGCUACAGCAGCGGUGGUAACACCUAUCAAGUCCCACAAGGGCCUGUUUUCCUCGCGCGUCGCUGGCGGCCGCAUGCCCUUGACCCCUUCGCCCCGUCAGCGCACAGCCAACAACACAGCAGCCGCCGCGGAUUCUUCGCCAUUCACCCCUAGAGGGUAUCAGGACUCAUCUCGCCCCAGCAAGUCGAUUUAUGGAGGGAACUUGUCUUCACAUUUCGCCAAGUCCACAAGAUCAUCUCACCGGGACUCGCCCAAGUCCAACAUUGCUCGCAGUGUAGCAACCCCACGCAAGGCACUCGAGCUUGGUGUGUCAGACUUCACUCUCGUUGGUACGGGUAACACAAAAACUCCCUCUACCAAGACAAAGAAAGCUCCGCUGCGCCAAAAGUCUAACAAGACCACACUCACCUACGCCGCCGACCGAUUCAUUCCUAAUCGUAGCAACAGCUCCGCUAUUGCCAAUGUCGGUUCUGGCAAGUUGGAUGUGCCUCGGCCCAAGUCGAGCAGCAACACCGAGUCGUCGUCGUCGAUUCUCGCCUCAGCUACCGACGCCGCUAUCGCUUCUUUGGAGGGUCUCAGCAUCAACGAUGAUGAAGAUGAUGCCGCCACCUACUCACGACGCUCGCCAAACACAAUCGCUUACCAAGACUCCCUCGCCAAUGCUUGCGGCGUUAAUUUGAACACCAGAAUCCUCCAGUUCAAGCCCGCGCCUCCUGAGUCGUCAAAGCCCAUCGAUCUUCGCCAGCAAUACAACAGACCCCUGAAGCCCGCCAGUGCUAGCUCUGCACAAUUCAGACGGCGCAUCGCGACCGCACCCGAGCGAGUUCUCGAUGCUCCUGGUCUAAUCGACGACUACUACCUCAACUUGCUCGACUGGAGCUCCGGAAACCAGGUCGCUAUCGGUUUAGAGCGAAAUGUCUACGUUUGGUCUGCCGAUGAAGGUUCAGUCAGCUGCCUUCUCGAGGCCAACCCUGACACGUAUGUCAGCAGUGUUAAGUGGUCUGAGGAUGGAGCCUAUGUCGGCGUUGGCCUGGGCACGGGUGAGGUACAGAUCUGGGACGUGGCGGAAGGAGCGAAGAUCCGAAGCAUGUUCGGACACGACACCCGUGUUGGCGUGAUGGGCUGGAACAAGCACCUCCUGUCCACCGGCGCCCGCAGUGGCCUCGUCUUCAACCACGAUGUUCGCAUUGCCGAGCAUAAGGUUGCCGAGCUCGUCUCGCACACCUCAGAAGUGUGCGGUCUAGAGUGGCGCUCAGACGGUGCUCAGCUCGCUACGGGCGGCAACGACAACCUGGUUUCCAUCUGGGAUGCCCGCUCCUUGGCUGUCCCCAAGUUCACAAAAACAAACCACAAGGCUGCCGUUAAGGCUCUCGCGUGGUGUCCCUGGAACCUCAACCUGCUCGCCACUGGCGGUGGUUCAUAUGAUCGCCACAUUCACUUCUGGAACACGACUUCUGGUGCUCGCGUUAACAGCAUCGACACGGGUUCUCAAGUCACCAGCCUUCGAUGGAGCACAAGCUACCGUGAAAUUGUCAGCUCGAGCGGUUUCCCCGACAACUCCCUCAGCAUCUGGAGCUACCCAACCCUCGUCCGUAACGUCGAGAUUCCCGCUCACGAGAGCCGCGUCCUCCACAGCUGCUUGAGCCCAGACGGUCAGAUGCUCGCGACCGCAGCCGCCGACGAGAGCUUGAAGUUCUGGAAGCUCUUCGAGAAGAAGGCAGGCCAGGCUGUUGCGCCAGCUGCCAAGGCCGAGAUGGCCAGGCAAAUGACUAUCCGGUAAGCGACUCGCCGUCGCGGUGGCCUCGAAAGCUACGAACAUCAACAGUAGGUAUACAGUUUCGUUCUGGCAUUGUCUGGUACCGGCGGUUUGGAGUGACUUUAGCGCGGCGUUUGGGGAUUCACGAAGCGAUAACGACAACAUUAUUCCCCUACGACCGAGACUUGGUCAUGAGCUACGACACAAAUCGCCCACAGAGGAGGUCCUCCGUGCGGAUCAUUUGAAAUUAUUGUAUUUUUAGUUCUCGGGAGCUGGCUAGAUUUUUGCCCUCCAAUGUUUGGGGUUAGGAUGGCAGAAUGGAUAGGGGUUUUUAAUAGAGGCAGUAUUUCUCUUGGACUCGAUGGCUUAGUAGAUAGUGAACAUGUCGUUAAGAUAUGGAAUUCGCUGCUCGUGAGACUUGAUCAAAUGUGAAUGAGUGCCAAACCACGAGGUAUCGUGGUUCAACCAUCUCUAGUAGAAGCCAAGGCUGACAAACCUCAAUACCAAGCAAGUACUUGUUUUUACUAUUUUAGCAAUUAAGCA